AUGUCCCUUUCAGGUCCGCUCGUUCGCAUCGGCCCUAAGUGGGUGCUGUGCGGUGAUCCGGCUGAGAUCCGCCGAAUAUGGGGAAUAAAGUCGGGCUAUUACCGCUCGGACUGGUACAAGGCUGUCCGUCUGAACAGCGAGGUGGACAAUGUCUUGUCGGUCAUUGAUAAUAAGGAUCAUCACCGGCUCCGGAGCCACCUCAUGCCCGGAUACGGAGGCAAAGGAAUAGCAAAUGAGGAACAGCUUGUUGACCAACAGAUCACAAAACUCAUAGCACUGAUAGAGAAACGGUAUAUCUCCAGCAAGGAAGCCUUGCGGCCAUGCGAUCUAGCUCGGACGAUGCAGUACCUGACGCAGGAUGUCAUCACAGCCGUCGGAUUUGGGAAGCCAGCGGGCUACUUGGAGGCGAAUAGCGAUAUGUACGGGAUCUUGGAAACGUCCGAAGCUCUCCACAGACCCGUCCAUAUGGUUACUCUGCUCCCGACCCUCAGGAAGAUCCUCGAAAGCCGUCCGCUGAAACCACUCCAGCCCAAGCCCCAUGAUGGGAGCGGAGUUGGCCGGUUCCUCGGCUACAUCAAGGACCUUGUUGAUGAGCGAUACGAUGACCUGAAAGCCAAUCAUACCGAUAUCCUCCAGUCCUUCAUCAAGUCCGGUUUGAACAGACCCCAAGUCGAGUCCGAAGCGCUUGUGACCGUCUUUGGCGGUACAGAUACCACGUCCACUGCCCUGAGGAAUAUUAUCUUUUAUCUGUCGACCACCCCUCGUGCAUACCGCGCACUUCAAUCCGAGAUUGACGGUGCUGUAAAGACGGUGACACGGCCAGUGAUCAGGGACGCCGAGGCCAAAGCCCUACCCUACCUCCAAGCAUGCAUUAAAGAAGGCUUGAGGAUCUUCCCACCCAGUAUGGGCCUUAUGGGCAAAGUGUGUCCUCGUGAUGACACGAUCUGCGGCAUAAAGGUUCCUGCGAACACGCAAGUCGCUUGGUCGGCGCUGGCCAUUAUGAGGAACCGGGCCAUCUUUGGAGAAGACGCAGACAUCUAUGAGCCGCAACGCUGGAUUGACGCACCGGUGGAAAGGAGAAAGGAGAUGGAUGCCUCGUACGGAUUGGUAUUUGCGACAGGAACAAGGUGGGAGUGCCUGGGGAAGCGGCUUGCGUACAUCGAGCUGGGAAAGACGAUCUUCGAGCUCUUUCGGCGGUUCGAUUUCGCCAUGGUCAACCCGGUUGAGCCUUUUCGAUACUUUGUCUUGACAAUGUCCAAGACUCUAGAACCAGCUGGAGUUUCCUCAGCGUCUGAUUCCCCCAGCGACACACCUGGCAGCACGGUUGACAAUGACACUCCCGCCUCUUCGUCCGCGGAGUCUCCGCGUCUCACCACCGCCACCAUUGCCUUGACCAUGAUGUCGCUUUGUCUGUCGGUGCUCCUCUCCGCCCUUGAUUUGACGAUUGUGACUCCUGCAAUUCCCGCCAUAGUCGGCACGUUCAAGUCCGCGGCCGCAUAUAUUUGGGUGGGAAGCGCCUAUACCCUGGCCUACGCAGCCAUUACGCCGGUAUGGGGCUCGGUCUCCGACAUAUGGGGCCGGAAACCCAUUAUGCUCAUUGCGGUCGCGGUCUUUCUUGUCGGUAGUCUGGUCUGCGCCCUUGCGCCGCAUAUGGAUGCCCUGGUCGCGGGACGCGCGAUCCAGGGAUUGGGCGGCUCCGGAAUGGGGAUCAUGGUCAACAUAGUUGUCAGCGAUAUGUUUUCGCUGCGAGAUCGCGGUUUGUAUCUCGCCAUCACUUCGCUUGUUUGGGCGGUUGGCAGCGCCAUAGGGCCCGUUCUGGGUGGUGUUUUCACGACGCGGCUUACCUGGAGGUGGUGUUUUUGGAUCAAUUUACCGGUCGGCGCGGUCUCCUUUCUUGUCUUGCUCUUCUUCAUGAGAGUCCCGAGUCCUCGAACACCCAUCGCGGCCGGUCUCAAAGUCAUCGACUGGACCGGCAGCCUGUUGAUUGUUGGGGGCUCUCUGAUGGUCCUCCUCGCCCUUGACUUUGGUGACGUCGUCUACUCCUGGUCCUCCGCAACGGUCAUCUGUCUGUUGGUUUUCGGGACAGCAGUGAUGGCGCUGUUCGUGCUGAACGAAUGGAAGAUCGCCAAGAAUCCCAUUAUCCCGGUCUGGCUGUUCACCUCGCCGACCAAGAUAGCGCCUUACGUUGUCUUCGCCUGUAAUUCAUACGUGUUUAUCGGACAGGCGUAUUACCUACCUUUAUAUGCGCAGUCCGUCUUGGCCGCAAGCGCGCUCACAUCGGGCCUCUACCUCCUCCCGCUCAUCGUCUCAUGUUCUCUGGCCGCCGCCGCAGCGGGUAUCUUCAUGCAGCAAACCGGGAAAUACCUCCCAGUGAUGUACAUUGCCCAGGGAUUUCUGGUGCUUGGCUCCGGCCUGCUGAUCAACCUCGAGUUUGAAACCAGCAUCGCCAAACUCAUCAUCUUCCAGAUCCUGAUCGGAAUCGGUGUGGGCAUGAACAUCGAAGCGCCGAUUCUUGCGGCUCAAGCUGCAACCAGUGUUCGGGAUACAGCGGCCGUCACUGCGACCAUGGGGUUUGUUCGGUCUCUCUCGACAGCUAUUUCGGUGGUUGUGGGGGGAGUGGUGUUUCAGAAUGAGAUGAAUGCGAAGAACGAGGGGCUGGCUACCCAGCUGGGCUCCAACUCGACUUUGGCCCGCGAAUUCAAUGGCGACCUUGCCGCUGCGAGUGUGGAGGAGAUUGGUACCCUCGGACUAGAUGCAGAUCAAGAGGCCUUGGUUCGAAAGACGUACUUUGAGGCGUUGAGGAUGGUGUGGGUUAUGUAUGUGGCUUUUGCGGGACUGGCUACCGUCCUAAAUCUGUUUGUGCGAGCGCACAAGCUUCGGGAUGAGAAUGAGGGCGCCGUGCUGGGGGCCGACCGGGCACGGCCACAGGGCAACCCGGCUGAUGGGGCCGCAGAAUUGGAGAUGCGGAAUGAGCGAAGCGAUUAA